CCGGCACUCAGGCUCCGGGGCGCUCCGAGCGCUCAGACCGCGGCCGCUGCAGCUCGCGAAGGGAACCAACUCCGCCCGCCCGCCGACGUGCGCCUCCUCUAGACUCCAGUUCCGCGACCACCACCUCGCGUCCCUCUGUCGAUUCGCUCCUCCCCCAUCUCUCUCUCUCUCUCCCUCUCUCUCUCUCUCUCUCUCUCAAUCUCUCUCUCUUUCUCUCUCUCUCUCUCUCACACACACACACACACACGAGUCUUACACCAAUCUAUACACUGGAGGAGAAAACAUUUCCUUCGCGCUCCCUUCAUCUGCACCCCGAGAAGCUAAGGAGCCGCGUGCUGGGGGUCCCCGGACCGUCUGGAAAUGCUAAUCCUAACGCGCGUCCUCGCUGGCAUUCAGCUCCUGUGUGUUUGCCGCCUGGAUUGGGCUUAUGGAUACUACCGACAACAGAGAAAACUUGUUGAAGAGAUUGGCUGGUCCUAUACAGGAGCCCUGAAUCAAAAAAACUGGGGAAAGAAAUAUCCAAUAUGUAAUAGCCCCAAACAAUCUCCUAUCAAUAUUGAUGAAGAUCUUGCACAAGUAAAUGUGAAUCUUAAGAAACUUAAAUUUCAGGGUUGGGAUAAAAUAUCUUUGGAAAACACAUUCAUUCAUAACACUGGAAAAACAGUGGAAAUUAAUCUCACUAAUGAUUACCGUCUCAGUGGCGGAGUUUCAGAAAUGGUGUUCAAAGCAAGCAAGAUAACUUUUCACUGGGGAAAAUGCAAUAUGUCAUCUGAUGGAUCUGAACAUAGUUUAGAAGGACAAAAAUUUCCACUCGAGAUGCAAAUCUACUGCUUUAAUGCGGACCAAUUUUCAAGUUUUGAGGAAGCGGUGAAAGGAAAAGGAAAGUUAAGAGCUUUAUCCAUUUUAUUUGAGGUUGGAUUAGAAGAAAAUUUGGAUUAUAAAGCAAUUAUUGAUGGAGUUGAGAAUGUUAGUCGUUUUGGGAAACAGGCUGCAUUAGAUCCAUUCGUACUGCUGAACCUUCUGCCAAACUCCACUGACGAGUAUUACACUUACAAUGGCUCGUUGACAUCCCCGCCCUGCACAGACACUGUUGACUGGAUUGUUUUUAAAGAUACAGUUAGCAUCUCUGAAAGCCAGUUGGCUGUUUUUUGUGAAGUUCUUACAAUGCAACAGUCUGGUUACGUCAUGCUGAUGGACUACUUACAAAAUAAUUUUCGAGAACAACAGUACAAAUUUUCUAGGCAGGUGUUUUCCUCAUAUACUGGAAAGGAAGAGAUUCAUGAAGCAGUUUGUAGUUCAGAACCAGAAAAUGUUCAAGCUGACCCAGAGAAUUAUACCAGCCUCCUGGUUACUUGGGAGAGACCUCGAGUCGUUUAUGAUACCAUGAUCGAGAAGUUUGCAGUUUUGUACCAGCAGUUAGAGGGAGAAGACCAAACCAAGCAUGAAUUUUUGACAGAUGGCUAUCAAGACUUGGGUGCUAUUCUCAAUAAUUUACUACCCAAUAUGAGUUAUGUUCUUCAAAUAGUAGCCAUAUGCACUAAUGGCUUAUAUGGAAAAUACAGUGACCAGCUGAUUGUCGACAUGCCUUCUGAUGACCCUGAACUUGACCUCUUUCCUGAGUUAAUUGGAACUGAAGAAAUAAUCAAGGAGGAAGAGGAGGGAAAAGACGUUGACGAAGACACUAUUGUGAAUCCUGGUAGAGACAGUGCCACAAACCAAAUAAGGAGAAAGGAGCCCCACAUGUCUACCACAACAAACUACAAUCGCGCAGGGACUAAAUACAAUGAGGCCAAGACUAACCGAUCUCCAACAAGAGGAAGUGUGUUCUCUGGAAAGGGUGAUAUUCCCAACACAUCUUUAGAUUCUACUUCCCAACCAGUCACUGAAUCAGCCCAAGAAAAAGAUGUUUCUUUGACUUCACAGACUGGGACCAAACUGCCACCUCACCCUCUGGAAGGCACUUCUUCCUCUAAAACUAUCCUCAGAUUUCCACAGCAGAACUUGUCUGGGACUAUGGAAUCUUUAAAUAUAGUUUCUAUAACGGAAUCUCAAGAGGUAUCGACUGAUAUCGGCGAGGAAGAGAGUUUAUUGACCAAUGUCAAGCUCGAUACAGGAGCUGACGAUUCUUCAGGCUCCAGUUUUGCAACUACUGCUGUGCCAUUCACCUCUGAGGACAUAUCCCAGGGGUAUGUAUUUUCUUCAGAAAACCCAGAGGCAAUCACAUAUGAUGUCCUUAUGCCCGAAUCUAUGACAAAUGCUUCAGACGAUUCAGCCUCCUCGGGUUCGGAAGAAUCUCUCAAGGAUCCUUCUGUUGAUAGAAAUGUGUGGUUUCCCGGUACUACAGAGGUGAUGACACAGCCCGAUGUUGGAUCAGGUAGAGAGAGCUUCCUCCAGACUAAUUACACCGAGAUACAUACGGAGGAAUUUGAGAAGACAACUGAGUCCUCUUCUCCAGGCCCACUGGUGUCGCAGCGUCCCUCCGUCACAGAUAUGGAAAUGCCAUCUUACUCUUCAUUUGCCUACUUCCCGACAGAGGUAACACCUCAUGCUUUUACUCCAUCCUCCGGACCACACGAUUCGGUUGCCACUGUCCACGUGGUACAGUUGCAGACAACCCAACCGGUAUACAAUGGUGAGACACCUCUCCAACCUUCCUCCAGUAGUGAAGUCUUUCCGCUAGUCACCCCUUUGUUGCUUGACAAUCAGAUCCUCAACACUGCCUCUGCCGCUUCAAGUAGUGAUUCGGCCUUGCAUGCUACGCCUGUGUUUCCCAGUGUCGGUGUGUCGUUUGAGCCCAUCCUGUCUUCCUAUGAGGGCGCACCUUCGCUUCCAUUUUUCUCUGCUUCCUUCAGUAGUGAAUGGCUUCACCAUCUGUCUACAGUCUCUCCCAUCCUUGCACAAGUUACGUCAGCUGUUGAGAGUGGUAAGGUGUCCCUGCAGGCUUCCCUGCCAGUGGCUGGGGGUGAUUUACUGCUAGAGCCCAGCCUUGCUCAGUAUUCUGAUGUGCUGUCGCAUCAGACCACUACUCGUGCUGCUUCACAGACACUGGAAUUUGGUGGUCGUGGUUCUGGGGUCCCUUAUAAAACGCUUGUGUUUUCUCCAGUUGAGUCAUCCGGCAGUGAUGUCACGAUGCAUGCAAGUUCUUCAGGUCCUGAACCUUCUCAUGCCUUACCUGAUAACGAGGGCCCCCAACACCUCUUCACUGUUUCUUACGAUUCCGCAAUACCUGUGCAUGGUUCUGUUGAGGUAGCUCAUGACGGUUCCUUACUUAGCAGCCCUAGCCACCCAGCAAUGCCCGAGUCUUCGUUAAUAAGCCCCUCCAGGUCAGUGCUGCAGCCCACUCAGGGCCCGUCUGGUGAUGGGGACUGGUCUGGAGCCUCCUCUGAUAGUGAAUUUCUUUUACCUGACACAGAUGGCCUGACAGCCCUUAACCUAGCCUCACCUGUUUCUGUAGCUGAAUUUACAUACACAGCAUCUGUGUUUAGUGAUGAUAAUAAGACGCUUCCUAAAAGUGACAUAAUAGAUGGAAAUCAGACUGAACUGCAGAUUUCUUCUUUCAGUGGGAUGGUUUACCAUUCUGAAAGCACAGUCAUGCCCGACCUGUACGAUAAUGUGAAUAAGUUGAGUGCAUCUUUACAAGAAUCCCCUGUUUCCAUUUCUAGCACACAGGGUAUACUUCCAGACUCUCUUGCUUAUGCUGCCCCUAAGGCUUUUGAUCAUGAGAUUAGUCAAGUUCCAGAAAAUAACUUUUUACUUCAACCUACACAUGCUGUAUCUCAAGCGUUUGGUGACACUUCUCUGAAGCCCGCGCUUAGGGCAAACUCAGAGCCAGCAUCCUGUGACCCUGCUUCUAGUGGAAUGUUAAAUCCUUCAACUCAACUCUUGUUGUACGAGGCCUCAGCUUCUUUUAAUACAGAAGUAUCAUUGCUGCAACCUUCCUUUCAGGCUUCUGAUGCUGACAAAUUGCUUAAAACCGCUCUUCCGGCUGUGCCUAGUGAUCCAAAAUUGGUUGAAACCCCCAAGGUUGAUCAAAUUAGUUCUACAUUGUUGCAUCUCAUGGCAUCAAAUUCUGCUUCAAGUGAAAACACACUGCAUGCUACGUCUGUACCAGGUUUUGAUGUAUCGCCUGCUUCUAGUAUGCCCGCUGCUUCACUUCAAGGUUUAACCAUUUCUUAUGCGAAUAAGAAAUAUUUUGAACCAAUUUUGCUUAAAAGGGAAAAUUCCCAGCAAGGGGUGCCUUCAUUGCACAGUAAUGAUGAGUUGUUGCAAACUGCCGAUGUGGAGAUUCAGCAUGCCUAUCCCCCAGAAAGAAAGCGAGCAUUUGCUACUCCUGUCUUAUUGAUGGAUGUGCCACCAAAUACACUUACAAAUAAGCUUAUGUAUUCUGAUGACGUUUUCACCUCCACCAAGGGUUCUAUUACCAAUGAGGUAUUUGCUGGUAUUCCAACACUUGUAACUGCCGACCAUUCUGUUUCUUUAGGAAAUGGGUAUGCUUCUAUUACAGCUGUUUCUCCCAACAGAGAAGGUGCUGUUGCCACCACCAAGUUCGUGCUUCCUUCUAAAACAACUUCUGAGCUGACUCACAGAGCCAGAUUGGACACUGAGCUAGUGGGUGGUGGUGAUGACGGUGAUGCUGGUGAUUAUGAUGAUGAGGAUGACAAAGAUAGAGAUGGCUUAUCCAUGUAUAAGUGUAUGUCAUGCUUCUCCUAUAGAGAAUCCCAGGAAAGGGUAAUGAAUGAUUCAGACCCCCAGGACAACAGUCUUGUGGAUCAGAAUAAGCCAAUUUCAUAUUCAGUAUCUGAGAAGUCUGAAGAAGAAAAUAACGUCACAGGUGUGACCUCAGACAGUCAGAGUGUUCUGGACAGAAGUCCUGAUAAAUCACCACCAACAAAUGUGCUCCCCCGAAAGCACGAUGAUGGAAAACAGGAUGAUGACAUUCAGACUGAGAAUGCCCUGCUUCCUUUCCCCCCGGAAUCUAAAGCAUGGGCGGUUCUUACAAGUGAUGAAGAGAGUGGAUCAGGGCACAGUAUGUCAGAUAGCCUUAACGAUAAGGAGACUUCCACAGAUUUCAGUUUUCCAGAUGUUAACGAAAGAGAUGUUGAUGGGGUCUUGGAAGCAGGUGACUCCGAAAAAACGCCUGGAUCCCCCCAGUCCUCAACACCGACUGUUACUAGUGGGCACUCAGAAGUGUUCAACAUUUCAGAGGCAGAGGCCAGUAAUAGUAGCCAUGAAUCUCGCAUUGGUCUAGCUGAGGGCUUGGAAUCCGAGAAGAAGGCAGUUAUACCCCUUGUGAUCGUGUCAGCCCUGACUUUUAUCUGUCUAGUGGUUCUUGUGGGUAUUCUCAUCUACUGGAGGAAAUGCUUCCAGACUGCACACUUUUAUUUAGAAGACAGUACUUCCCCUCGAGUAAUAUCCACACCUCCAACACCUGUCUUUCCAAUUUCAGAUGAUGUUGGAGCAAUUCCAAUAAAGCACUUUCCGAAGCGUGUGGCAGACUUACAUGCAAGCAGUGGCUUCAGUGAAGAAUUUGAGGAAGUGCAGAGCUGUACUGUUGAUUUAGGUAUUACAGCAGACAGCUCCAAUCACCCAGACAACAAACACAAGAACCGAUACAUAAACAUCGUUGCCUAUGAUCAUAGCAGGGUUAAGCUUGCACAACUUGCUGAAAAAGACGGCAAACUGACGGAUUACAUCAAUGCCAAUUAUGUUGACGGUUACAACAGACCAAAAGCUUACAUUGCUGCCCAAGGCCCACUGAAAUCCACGGCCGAAGAUUUCUGGAGAAUGAUAUGGGAGCAUAAUGUGGAAGUAAUCGUCAUGAUAACAAACCUCGUGGAGAAAGGACGGAGAAAAUGUGAUCAGUACUGGCCUGCCGAGGGUAGUGAAGAAUAUGGGAACUUUCUGGUCACUCAGAAGAGUGUUCAGAUGCUUGCCUAUUAUACUGUGAGGAAUUUUACUCUAAGAAACACAAAGAUAAAAAAGGGCUCCCAGAAAGGCAGACCCAGUGGGCGCGUGAUCACACAGUACCACUACACGCAGUGGCCCGACAUGGGGGUGCCGGAGUACUCACUGCCUGUACUGUCCUUCGUGAGAAAGGCGUCCCACGCCAAGCGCCAUGCCGUGGGGCCUGUGGUUGUCCACUGCAGUGCUGGAGUUGGAAGAACUGGCACAUAUAUUGUACUAGACAGUAUGUUGCAGCAAAUUCAACACGAAGGAACUGUCAACAUAUUUGGCUUCUUAAAACACAUUCGUUCACAAAGAAAUUAUUUGGUACAAACUGAGGAACAGUAUGUCUUCAUUCACGAUGCCCUGGUCGAGGCCAUACUUAGUAAAGAAACCGAGGUGCUGGACAGUCACAUCCAUGCCUACGUCAAUGCACUCCUCAUUCCUGGACCAACAGGCAGAACAAAGCUAGAGAAGCAAUUCAAGCUCCUGAGUCAAUCAAAUAUACAGCAGAGCGACUAUUCUACAGCCCUAAAGCAAUUCAACAGGGAAAAGAACAGAACUUCUUCCAUCAUCCCCGUGGAGAGAUCCAGGGUUGGCAUUUCGUCCCUGAGUGGGGAAGGCACAGACUACAUCAAUGCCUCCUAUAUCAUGGGUUAUCAUCAGAGCAGUGAAUUCAUCAUCACCCAGCAUCCCCUCCUCCACACCAUCAAGGAUUUCUGGAGGAUGAUAUGGGACCACAACGCCCAGCUGGUGGUUAUGCUUCCUGAUGGUCAAAAUAUGGCAGAAGAUGAAUUUGUUUAUUGGCCAAAUAAAGAUGAGCCUAUAAAUUGUGAAAGCUUUAAGGUCACUCUUAUGGCUGAAGAACACAGAUGUCUGUCUAAUGAAGAAAAAAUUUUAAUUCAAGAUUUUAUCUUAGAAGCUACACAGGAUGAUUAUGUACUUGAAGUAAGACAUUUUCAGUGUCCCAAAUGGCCAAAUCCAGAUAGCCCCAUUAGUAAAACGUUUGAACUUAUAAGUAUUAUCAAAGAAGAAGCCGCCAGCAGGGAUGGGCCCAUGAUCGUUCAUGAUGAGCAUGGAGGAGUGACCGCAGGAACUUUCUGUGCUCUGACAACCCUUAUGCACCAACUAGAAAAAGAAAAUUCCGUGGAUGUUUACCAGGUAGCCAAGAUGAUCAAUCUGAUGAGGCCGGGAGUCUUUGCUGACAUCGAGCAGUAUCAGUUUCUCUAUAAAGCCAUCCUCAGCCUUGUGAGUACAAGGCAGGAAGAGAACCCAUCCACCUCUCUGGAUAGUAAUGGCACAGCACUGCAUGACGGAAAUAUAGCUGAGAGCUUAGAGUCUUUAGUUUAAUACAGAAAGGAGGGAGGAAAGUCCCUAUCUGAGCACUGUUUUCCUCCGUCUAAAAUCAGACAUGAAAAUCAGUUCCGUUUUUCUGUUAUGUUUUCCUCCCAUAUCCUGCCAGUAACUUUCAUGACAUAGGAUUCUGCUGCCAAAUUUACAUCAUUAACAAUGUGUGCCUUUUUGCAGAACUUCUUGUAAUUCACUUACUGUGUUUAAACAAAAAUGAUUGAAUUUUACAGUAUUUCUAAGAAUGGAACUAUGGUGGGUUUUUUUUGUAUUGAUUUUAACAGAAAAUUUCCAUUUAUAGGUAUUAGGAAUUCCCAACUACAGAAAACGUGUUUGUUUUUAGUGUCAAAAUUUUAGCUAUAUUUGUAGCAUUCAUCAGGGUUGCUAGAAAUAUAACUUUUAAUACAGUAGACUGUAAAUAAAAUGCUCUGUUCCCUAUGGUAUUCAACAUUUUACAACUGCAGUAUUCACCUAAAGUAGAAAUAAUCUGAUACUUACUGUAAAUACUGCUCUAGUGUGUCUAUGGACCAAAUUUAUAUUUAUAAUUGUAGAUUUUUAUAUUUUACUACUGAGUAAGUUUUCUAGUUCUGUGUAACUGUUUAGUUUAAUUAUAUAGUUCAUUAUCUGGUCUAUUCUAUAAAUCUCCUGAUAUUGUUUCAUGUUAUCUCAGCAAUUAACUGUUUUAGCAUGUAGUUUUAACUUUUAUGGAACAUAGAAGUACAUUUGUUUUGAAAGAUGUUUUUAUGAAAAUAACACCUUACCCAACUUUGUUUAAAUGGUUUUUAUCCAAGGCAUUGCAAAAAUAAAUAUAAAUAUUGCCAUCAAUUUGCAUUUGCCUGUUGGGUGUUGUGCUGCGGCAUUUGUAACAGCUAAUUGUGGACAUGGGUCCUGCUGGGAUAAUGGAAAUGAAAAAAGGUUGACGGGAUGGGACAGUGUAUAAAGCUGUGACUCCCAAACUAUGCAUUGAGGCAUUCAGGGAUUUCACAAAAUUUUAUGUUUUUGAGGACAACAUGGUAACAUAUACUGACACUGUAUAACUACUACUAUUAAAUUAUUUGGACCUAAUUAAUAAACAGAACCAUUGUAUAUUUCUUUUGAUUAGUGGAGCAACGAAAAGGUUACUGAGAAGCUAAGGGCACCAUUUACCAAGAAAUGUUGGGACCUUUUGGUUUAGAAAUAAACUAGGUGUUAGAAUCAGGCAGAUUUGCAAGUCAGGGACAAGGUAAGCUGGUUUGGAAGCUAAGUAGAUAAAUAGACAAGGUCCAAGAGGACAUAAAUCCCAGAAUGGAAAAAGGUAAGAAGCCUGUGUUAAGGCAAGCUGUCAAGAUCCAAACGCUGUGUGGAGAUGAAGUGCAGGAAAACAGGGAGUCAUGAGUAACGAGCCUAUUGGAAGCAGUACCCUGCCUCAGCCAGGAGUGCUUUAUAACACUGCCUAAGGAGGAGGGCCCUAAUUCCCAAGAUUGCCCAGCUCAGGGACUAAAGCAGAAGACCGCGAAAAGUUGCAUUUAAACCAGUGAUUGUCAGAAUGUGGUUCCCAGACCAGCAAAACCUGGGAAGUUGUUAGAAAUGCAGUUCCUGGAUUUCUAUCCCAGAUCCACCAUAACAGAAACCUGAAGGUUGGAGUUCAGCAGUCUAACUCAUGUUCAAGUUUGAGAACCACUGCUCUUUAUCAACAACAAUUCAGGAGGCCUCCGGUUUCCUCAAGCAAUAUCAGGAUUUUCACUAAAUCCUUAAAAUAGAACAAAAAUUAGUGAGUUUCUUUUUUUGAAGAUUUCUUUUUAAAGCAAUAGAUGAAGAGAUAUGAAAUAGGAAAUUGGAAGUAGGGAACAAAUAGUAGGA